AUUUUGGAUGGGUAACAUCGUGCCCUGAUCCUCCCUCCCUGUCCCGGCCCACCUAUACAACCCCUGACCUACCCCCCCCCCCCCCCCCACCCCACCCUAGUCACCAUGACAUCUGCAUCCUGGCCCCAGCUGCUGGCUUUCAAACUGGCCCCUCCACCACAUGACCCCGGGAGCCCAGAGAGGAUCCUCAGCUGCGACGAGGAGAUAGAGCGUCGUUAUGAGAUCGUUCCCUCUGUGGCCUGCUCCAUGUGCUGCCUCUUCGGCAUCAUAUACUGCUUCUUUGGUUACCGUUGUUUCAAGGCGGUGAUGUUCCUAACAGGCUUGAUGUUUGGCUCCGUCAUCAUCUUUCUGCUGUGCUAUAAGGAGCGUGUCCUGGACACCCAGCUGAGUGUGGAGGCCUCGGUGGGCAUCGGCCUGGGCAUCGGUACCCUCUGUGGCCUGGUCACCAUGCUGGUGCGCUCUGUUGGACUAUACAUGGUGGGGCUACUGCUGGGACUACUGCUGGGCAUCGCCUCACUGGUGGUAAUGGAGGAGUUCCACCACCCGCGGACGGUGUGGGUGCCCCUGGGGGUGUUGCUGGGGUCGGGCAUGCUGUUCGCCGUCCUCACCCUCCAAUGGCAGCGCUUCUUCACCACCCUCUCCACCGCUGUGUUCGGCUCGGCUGUCAUCACCGUCACUGUGGACUACUUCAUUGAACUGUUUGCCCUCGUCAGAUACAUAUUUGAGAGGAUCAAGGUGGCUCCACCCCGUCCUGUCUGCUGGUUCACCUGGGUCAUCAUGGGGGUGUGGCCUGUACUGGCAUUGCUGGGGGUCCUCAUCCAAUGGAAGGUCACCGCCGAGGGAUACUCACACACUGAGGUGGUUCUCAGUCGACAGCAGCGGAGGGUCCAGUUGAUGAGGAUCCACCAGAAGGAAGAGAGGAUGCAGAAAGAAGUGAGGAAGAAGAAGAAGAGACAGAAGCAACAAAAGCAGAAGCAGCCGGAGCCGCUCCAGCAUCAGCAGUACCACCGCCCUCCUCCACCUACCUACCCUCCUCCUACCGCCGCCACCACCGCCACCGCCACCACCACCACCACCAACAAACCCCUCCUCCCUGAGCCUAUCACCUACCACAGGAAACCAAACCCCAUUCGACGUUUCGAUGGGGACGUGCUGUCCCCUAGUUACAUCGCUAGUUUCCGGGACAGACAGGUGGACAGACGGGAUUACCCUCACCACAGCAGGCCGAUCGCCAGGCACCACAUGGCUGACCGUGACUACGACUGUGGAUCCCAAGUACCCCUGACCGCCCCCAAUGGACCGGCUGUACGAGUUUGACAUUGACAAUAACCUUUAUUAUCCGUGACAGUGCUCCUACUGGUUUGGAGUGGUACUGUUUGUCCUUUUCCUUGUCCAGUGAAGGUCUCCAGUGUCCAGAUUGAAUGUUAAUCUCUGUAUUAAUGUAAUCUGAGGUGGAUAUUAGAAGGUUCAUGUCACCCGUCAGACUGAGAUUGACCUUUGAACCCUGGACUGACUUAUUC